CCAAACAUUAUAUUUUGCCGUACUGAUGUCAAUUGCGACGUUUGAUGAAUAAGUAAAUAGGAUUUGAUUAAAACAAUUCCAAAUUUUAUUUAAACUGUUAGUCGCAGAGUACUUUCUUAAUCGGUAGCUGUAAGUUUAAGUAUAGCUCAACGGACUUAACCGAGCAAUAGACACGGAAGAAAUUAAAAUAACUUAUAAAACACUGAAACAAUAGCUUGCCACAUUUUAAUGCAAUGGCAAAAAGAUCCAAUCCAUUCACCGAAGAUUUUAUACCUCAAAGCAAAAUGCAUGUGGGCAUUAAGCAGUACAAUAAUAAUGAAGAUCGACUGAAAAAAGUUUACGAGAAAACGCUGCUGCUUCUAUUCAGAGGUGCCAAGAAGUGUCCAACGUCGGAAUUAUGCAAUAUCGAAGACAGGAAGAAAACAGAUAUGAUGACUAGCGCUGAUAAUCAUAGCAGGAUGAAACAGUUAUUUAUAGGCAAAGAUGGUACUCUAUUGCACAUUGGUAACAUGAUAAGCGGGACAUUAGGAAUAAAGCAAUGUUCCUGUGGCAGUGGAGCUGAAUCUCAGUGCGCCUACUGUGAGGUGGACCUGUGCAGCGAGUGCCAGCACAACUGUGACCGCUGUAAGAAAGGGUACUGCUUGCACUGUACUACCACCAGAUUGGAAGAUUCUGAAGUAUGCGUGUCCUGUUAUAGUUAGGUAAAUAUUUACAAUACAGAUGAGUUGGUAUGCCGCAUGAGCUUAAAUGAGACAUCCCAUAAACAAACAUUUCAUUAUAACCCAAAAACGAUACAGGGAUUGUUAGCAAGGCGGUUUGUUAUAUAUACGUAAGUUUUAAUUGUUUAUCGUAAAAGUAUGUGUAGCUUAAACAUUAAUAAAUUAUAAAAGACUGGAA